AUGGUGGCUCAAAGAAAAACUUUACUUGCAACUUAUAAUUAUCCUUAUCAAAUUCCAAGUAAAGUGAUGAAAAACAACAAAUUAAACGACUUAACAAAAAUCUCGUUGAAUACACUCUACAGAACUUCAUCAAAAAAGUUUGAAAAAAAAUAUAAAAGACGUUAUAACGAAAAUGGAACUAUAUCACAAGAUAUAUCAAUAAAACGUGGUUCAUAUGUUACAAAGAAGUUAAUCAAUAAUAAUGCAACUUUGCAAAAUGUAGCCUCAAAAAAAAACUUUGAUUCUAGAGAAGAAAAAUUGGGUACAAAUAAUCUUUUAUUACAUGAUGCUGAUGUUGAAUCAAUUCGUAAAAAAUAUAAUUUACCAUUAAAUCGCAAAGUUCAAAAAGACUUUGUGCUUGGAUUCAGAAUUAACUAUUAUCAAAGUAUAUCAUUGACUUCUUUUAAAAAUUACAUUAACUUAAUGGAACUUUUCUACACUACUUUUACAUACAACAUUGUUGCAAAAAAAAACGAUAAUAAUAAUUAUUUGAUCUCAUUCAAUUAUUUUGAUGAAAAAGAUGUUUAUAAUGUUUUUAAAACAGUAUAUAAAUUGACUUUUCUUAAUAUUCAUACCAAUAAAUGCCAUCAAGAGAGCCAUUCUGUCCAAAGAGAUCAAAAAUCUUUUAGUAUUCCUAAAGAACCUCAUUUUAUAUGUUUAUUUGAAAUGUAUCAACAAGGAUUGACAGAAAAAGAAAACUAUGGCAAAGGUUUAUUUAUUUUUUAA